AAACAAGUUAUUAGCAUCCUAUAGAGACCACAAAGAUGUUACAUAUGUUUGAACUGCGAUCUGUAGCUUUUACAAGGGCCGUGUUUGCAGAAUUUAUAGCCACCAUGUUAUUUGUUUUAUUUGGGCUAGGUUCAGCUUUGAAUUGGCCAGGAACAGCGCCAAAUAUUUUACAGAUUUCUUUAGCUUUCGGCCUUGGCAUAGGAACCUUAGUCCAGACUUUUGGUCACGUAAGUGGAGCCCACAUCAAUCCAGCAGUGACCAUCGCCUUUCUAGUGGGUUCCCAAAUCUCUUUCAUUCGUGCAGUUUUUUAUGUAGGUGCCCAACUGCUUGGAGCUGUAUCUGGAGCAGCCAUUCUGCAAGAGGUAACACCUUUCAACGCAAGAGGAAAUUUAUCAAUAAAUGGGGUAAGAGCACGAAACCAGCAAUUUAUUGGUUGUUUUGAAAUAUUUCUAAAUUGCAGCAUUUCCAAGAUACAUUACUUGUACCCAGGGUUAUGACUGCUUUAAAUAUUCUUAAUAAAUAUAAACAAGUUUUUCUUAGUAUUAAGGUUCAGGGUACGUUGGCAUUUUUAACUUAGAAUUUAUGGCAUUUUAAUUUAGGAUUUAAAUAAACUUUAGUGAUCGGGCUUAGAAAAUCUGGAUUCUUUAGAACAACUGAUCCUGUAGCCUUCCAUUGUCAAAUUUCAUUUUUUAAGUAUUUAGUUUUAUAGUAAUUGCUAUGUUUAACUUGUUGAAUAUAAUACUCCUGAAAUAUUAUAUUUCGUGAAGUGAUUCAUGAUUGUUAUAACAUAAGAAGCUAGCCGACACAAUGUCUUAUUGUUUUGUAAGCUUAAUUAUUUUGUUUAAUAAGAAGACAUUUUGAUGUAAAUAUGGUUAAGUUAAUAGAUGUAUGAUUAUUAUGCUAUGAAAAAAGCUCAUUAACCCAAAAUUUCAGUAUGCUCUGUAAAUGUUAAAAAGAACAAAAGAAAAAAGAAAGAAAAAUCUCUUAAGUUGAAAUACUAUUUCACGAUUUUGCCUAUUAUUAGGCUGCUAGAUGUUAUUACAUUCAUUCUUGACUGUUUAACAUAUUGUAUUUUUUUGUAUUGUACUGGCAUGUAACAUGGCCAAAUUGAUUCAAGCAGUAUACGUUUAGAGUAAAGAUAUUUAUCUAUAGGCUCUUAUUUUAUAUUUUUACCUCUCCCUUUUUCUGAUUAGUUAUUUGACUACAUAGUAUGUUUGUGACUUACACAUGUUAAAUGAGGGAUAAAUAGAAAAUCAUCAUGGUUGUAAAAGUGGUACAAAGUUGUAGAGGUACAUUAGUUACCAAUAGAAUGUACCUGCUGAUUUUUUUUUAUCUCUGCUCUUUGAUGGGUAGAUGAUGCAUGCCAUUAAGAUACAUAUACAUUGUCAACUGACUCAAUUAAUUGCUAAAUAAUUAAAAUAUAAUUUAAAGCUGGAUACAUCAUAUUUAUUUCCUUGUCUUUUAUGUUGCAAUCUGAAUGACCCAAAAGUAACAUUGCAUCAUUCACUGCACAAUAUUUGACAGGUUUUCUUUCUUUUUCAGUUGUUCAAUACAACAACGGCAGGAGAAGCUUUCUCUGUUGAGCUGUUACUCACUCUCCAGCUUGUUUUGUGUAUUUUUGCCUCCACGGAUGAUAGGAGAUCUGAUAAUGUUGGGUGUCCAGCUCUGUCCAUUGGAUUUUCUGUUGCAAUUGGUCACCUUCUUGGUGUAGGUAUAAGAAUGUUUCCUAAAGAUAAAAUAUAAAUAAAUAUUCUAGACCAGGGGUAGGCAACCUAUGUCACUCCAGAUGUUGUGGACUACAUUCACCAUGAUGCUUUGCCAGCAUUAUGGAUGUAAGAGGUGUAGUCCUGAACAUCUGGAGUGCUUAAGGUUAACACCUUAUAUUGGUUCGUGCAUAAAUAGCAAAAGUACAAUAUUAAAACUGACUUUUUAGCAUACAGCAAUAUAAAUUAUUAUAUGGAGAGUGAUAAAAUGAAUGAAUGGUAACCAAAUACCGGUAGUAAUAGUAAUGAAAAGAAGAAAUUAAUGAAUGCUAACUGAAUAAUAAUAAUAAUACUGAAAGAAUGGUAUUGGUAGUACAAGCAACUUUAUUAUAUAGGCCAUUCACAUUAGGCUCUCCUCAUAGGAAAGCAUUACUUCAAUGCUUUCCCAUGGGAAUUUAACUGACGCUGGAUGUCCUCAUGCAGACUGUGAUGACCAGUGUCAGUUAGGCGACCAAAAGUUGUCUAGCCACCAGGAAGUGUCUCUAGUGGCUGUCUGAUUGAUAGAGGCCGACACAGUUUUAAAAACUCUGUAAUGAUGUACAUUGUAGGACUAAGUGGGAUUGGAACACUGCACCAAGACCUUCAGUAAGCUAACGUGAUCUGGGACCAUGGUGUUCCUUUAAGAUCCUGCAGGGUCCUACGUAGCUUAAUUUGUCACAUAAGGAUUGUAGGGCCAAGCAAAUGCAGGGUUUUUGGUGCCCCUGUCUAACCUCUGGGCCCUAAGCAGCUGUCUAGGGUCACCUUAUGGUAAAUCCUGCUCUGCCAGAACCACAUUACCACAGACCAGUAGUCCCCAACCCAGUCCUCAAGACAUAUCAAUAGUCAGGUUUUGUCACUAUACUUUUCAGAAAAUAACUUAGAAUGCCUAACUUCUAGACUCUUAAAAUGUUUUGACGAUUGAAUUAGGAACUACUGGUAUAGGUGCCAUUAUUUAGUGUAUAGUUCUGCAUAAUGAAUUGUAGAAGCAAUUUGUAGAUCCAUAUGCUGCCCAGUACACAUGACCUAUUUAUCAUUAAAUCUAACAGUCAAUUUUCUCCAAAACAAAGCAUGAAACCGGGGAACAAAUGUACACAUACCUUUAUUAAAUGCAAUGAAUAACCACAUAACAUGUUGUAUAAUAAUGUCUGCUUGCCAUUAACAGUAAAAUGUCUUCAAUUACAAUGAAAAUCUAAUUAUCUAUCUAUCUGUCUAUCUAUCUAUCUAUCGAUCUAUCUAUCAGGUGGUGAAGACCCGAUAUUCAGAUAAUAAAGCACAACCUGUUAUUGUGGUAUGAUAUAUAGCAGGUGUGCCUAAAAGGCAGAUCCCUAGAUAUUUUAAAACGACAGCGUCCACGAUGCUUUGUCAUUCUAAAGGCAUACGACAUCUAAGAACUACAACUCCCAGAUGUUGUAGAACUAGAUCUCCCAUGAUGACUGCAUGCCUUUUAUACCCCUGGUAUACAGUGCUUUGAAUGGGCAACCUUGCACAUUUAUAAUCACUAUGUAUUCAAUCAGUUGUUACCAACUUAAAAACACAACAAAAACAAGCUGACAGAAAAUGUUAUUUUUUUUCUAAAUGUUAGAAUACUACACUUUUACAGUGAAUAGAACAUUUGUAUUUUUUCCCAGAUGUAACUAUAUAUGUGUGCCUAAUAAGUAAUAUAUGAUACUCUCUUAGAUAAACUAUACUGGCUGCUCAAUGAACCCUGCACGAUCCUUUGCACCUGCAGUUGUAACAGGAGAUUUCACUGUCCAGUGGGUAAGAUUAACCAUAAGUCUAUUAUUUGUAUGCACUUGUGUGACAAAUGCAUCAUUAAAUAGAGGAAUCCAUGCCAUGAACUGGUAUUAAGGUAUAUGGAAUGCAUUUUUAUUUAUUCAAGAUGGGUAAGGUCAAUGUCAGGUGAAAUAUGAAUAAUUGUGAAAGUUAAUGUUAUCAGUAAGACAAUAUUAUUGUUUGCUUUACAAUCCAAGCUAAAAUGUUUAUGUAAUUUUCCAUUUUUUUUUAAUCACUAGGAUGAGUAAUUUUGUUAUUUAAAUGCAUCUGAAAUUGAAAAUAAAAGCACUUUUAUUAUAGGUGGAAUAAGUGGAAUGAUUCCAACCUACAUCAACAUUUUCACAGAAAGUAGCAAAUUCUAACAUCAGAUUUCAUUUCCUAAUUGUGGAAAAAUUGAAUAUAACAAAUUAAUACCACCUUGUUGAGUUGAUGCUUUGCAUUUUAUAGAGAAUGAUAUUUUAAUUUUAAAAAAGAGUGCCCAACUGCCUUUUUGCAUAAAAGCAUAAAAAAAUGAUGAGUGUAAAUUAGGGAACUAGUUUAAAAUCAGCAAUACCAUUGAGAACUCCACCUGCAGAAAACCUGAUCUGUAGAGAUUUUGCUGAAGUUGAACAUGAGCAAAGAAAGCCCUAACAGAGAAAUCUGCAUCAUAUCAAAAGGUAAACCGAGUGGGGCUUUAUUGGUUACAUUUUGCAGAACACAAUGCAAAUUGGCAUAUGCACACCAGUUGUUUGGCUGGAAGGUGUCACGGUCCGGAAUAACCUAAAAUGGAAACUUUAGGAAAGAUUGCAGACAGACAAGAUUAGUUAUAUAACUGGUCCUAAGACCUAAGGCCAGGCUUAAACCCAAAAGUAGCCAAAGUAGCUAUAUAAAAUACCAGCAAGAUGGUAACUCAGAGUGAGAGGCAAGCCAUGGUCGGGAUUCCAGAAAGAGACAAAACGAUAAACAGAGGCUAGGACAGGGAUAUGGAAGUCAAGAUAGUCAAACUCAGUCCAUGGGUCAAUACCAAGAACAAAUCCUAAGUAAUCCUAAGUAUUCAAAUGCAUCAAUAUAUAUAAAUGGGGUUAAUCCUAUUAAGGAAAGAAAUGGCACAACAUAGUGAAAAACUGUGCAUUUACAGUGUUUAAUGCCAUUUCUUUCCUUAAUAGGAUUAACCCCAUUUAUAUAUAUUGAUUAAUUGUGAAGACUAUUUCGAGGAAAUCUUUGGGUUUAUAUCCAAAAGGGAAGUGUAUUCUUAAUUACUCUAUUUUGUAUAAAUAAUUGCACUUUGAGCACUUUGUUUAGAAGUGAAAGUCACUAUUGUAUUGUAUUAUAUUAUAUAAUCAAAUGCAUACCUAGGAACAAAAACCAUGACAGGGCAUCACAGCAAUGUAGAGGGCAGAUUAAAUAGGUGUAGAAAGUUUCUAUUGGCCGGCAUCAUGUUCCUACACCAAAAUGUGUGAGAAUAGUGAUGUUGGAGUUGAGCCAUGAAAACUGUCAUCUUAGAAUGACGCAGGGUGCCACCGUCCAUAUAAAUAAAUGUCUUAUAUAUGUGUACAUCUUUCUGGCACCAGACUGAGUAGGCAUAAUUGGUAUUGAGUGGUCAUUGGUGUAGUUGAAUCUGUUGUCAAGAUUGACUCAGGAAUGCUGCUCGGCCUAGGAAUGAGAUCACCGAGAGGCACAUAAAGGGCAACUACUGUGACAGAAGGUUACUAAAGUUAAAUUUAAAAAAAAAAAAUGAACCCAUGCAUUCUGGAAAAUGUUCUUGAUUAAUAUAGAUAACAGCAUUUAUUUUUUUAAUGAAAACAUAUUAUCUGAAAACUCAGCAAAACAACUGGGAGAAUAGUCUUCAAAAGAUUAGAUGGUGAUAGACAUUGCUAGAGGUCUUCAGUAAGGCAGCAAAAUAAUACAAACAAAAAUCAGAUCAGAAAAUAAGAAAAGUGAAUGAGUAAAAUAUCAUAUUGGCUAAGACUGUAUGAAAAGCAUGUAACAAGGAAAUAUUAAUGAAGGAAAUAGAAGCACAUACCAGGUAAAACAAUAAAGGACCAACUGAAAAACUCAAAAACUAAUCAUUUAUAUAGGGAAUAUAAGAAAUGAAAACUAUCAACAGAAUUUUCUAAUUGAAUGACUUUUACUGAGAAAACAGAAAGGUUCUACAUAGAACAGUAGCUUUAUAAUAACUUGUGAUGGAACCUUGGACAGUAACAUCCACUCUAGUGAUUAUUUAAAGAAGAGUUGAAGAUUGUUCUUCCAUUUACUAUGUGAAUAUUAAUAUCGAUUACAACAGUAUUUGGUAGUCAAUCAUUUCAGGGUAAAUUACAUUUUAUGUAUCACACCAAGGUCCACUAAAACUCUGUACACACAUGGAAAUUUCGGCUUUUUGAACAUCAAAAGCAAAUUAAUAUUUAGGAUAUUUCAUGUUUUAAUUGGGUCUUGAAUAAUCAAAUUAUCAUAAGUUAGUUAAAAAGGCAAAAAGUAUACCUAUGGCUUUGACUCUAUCAUUAAACAGAAAUACAUGGUUAUAUCUCUAAUGGAUCUUUUCACAGGUUUUCUGGCUGGGGCCAAUAACUGGUGCUAUUUUAGGAUCCCUAAUUUACCACUACGUUCUCGUCCCAAACACCAAGACCCUUUCUGAAAAGUUGGCGAUCUUGCGAGGAAUGAUGGACCCUGAAGAGGAUUGGGAAGAGAGAGAUGUCCGUAGAAGGCAGUCGGUGGAGCUACAUUCCCCCCAAACAAUGCCAAGAAAUGGGAUGACACAAAAAGUCUAACAUUUGCAUCAAUUAGAUGCACCUGUGGCAAUGCUAGUGAAAAGCAGCAAUAAUGUUCAGUGAAUGUUUUGGGUUUCAUCCAAACUUCCAAAGAACACUCUUAGGGGAGGCAGCAAGGGCAUCCCUAGGUGUUGGCCAAGUAACCUUUAAUUACCAUUAAUGAAUCCGAGAUACGUGUCUUUGUUUCCCUUGGUUGCUUUGCUGACUGUCAGUAUUAGCAAGCUCUAAGGUGUUUUUGUUCCAAACCAGGGACAUUUGACGUGGUAUUCCAAUUGUUGGAGACUACAUUUCCCAUGGUUCCAGUGAUGGAUAUGUUUUAAAUGUUACAACUGCUAUGCUUUAUGUUUCCCGUUGCCCCAGUGAAGACUAAUACAGAAAAAAGAUUAUCCAUACAAGCCAGAAUGCCAUAAGUCAGUCAUCAAUUUUCUAUAAGUAGAUUGCUACUUUGCGUUGGUUAAGAAUUCUCAGUUUUAAACAUUUAUCUUUUUUUAGCAUAAUUGCAGAAUCAUCUAAUUUUAAUUAAAUGCACCUUUUAGGCUAUCAAGCAAAAACAACAACAAUCUGCUAUUGAAACUUGACAUCUGACAAAUCAAUCAACAAUCUUUUGCAUAUUAUCAAGCAGAGCAGAAAAGUUAGACUGUGUUUGAAUGAAGCAUUGCUGAAUGCAAAAAUAUGUCCUCUAGCUGUGCAAUUGUGUUAGAUAUAUAAAUAGACUUUUAUAUCCCAAAGGAUCAUUGCUUUUUACAUUGCUACAAGAAUGGCAUGUUUAUUUUUAAUGUACAACUACUUCACUAGUAAGAUCGUCCAAAGGAAAUAACCAAAAUAAUUUAUUUUCAUCAUGG